AUGCCAGAGCUUGCCGCCCGAGUCAAGCAAAUUGGCUUGACUCAGGUCUACUGCUCCAAGGAAAAACCUCUGGUUGAUAUUGUUCUUGUACAUGGAUUGAACGGCCAUCCCUAUAACACCUGGGCUACCCAAGGGAAUCCACCCGUCUUCUGGCCAGCUGACCUUCUCCCGGAAGUGUUAGAGUCUAGCCGAGUGCGGAUCUUGACAUAUGGAUAUAAUGCGAAUGUUGCAUCUUUCACCGAUGGCGCUUCAAGGGAUCGCAUUCACCAUCAUGCAGAGACACUUGCUUCAGGCCUGGCGGCAAAUCGCAAUGUGAGUGACCCGACUUGUUAUAUCCAAUGUACCAUCUCUUUUCCUUUAUUUUACAUUUAUUUUGUCUUUACUUUAGCUUCACUUUGGCUUUACUUCGGCUUUAUUUUGGUUUCACUUUACCUCUACUUUACAACUACUGGUCUAUUAUGA